AUGUGUGAUAUGGUUAAUGAUGCAAAGAGUUCUACAUUUAAUUUUACGGUAUUUACUGGUGAUACAAUACCUAAUCGAGAACUUGGUUCAGUUCGAGAUCAUACACGUAAUUCGACAUCUGGUGGCUUUCUUUACUGGAAUCAAUACUUGCCAGUAAGUACAAGUGAUCGAGGUCGUGUGUAUCUGUCAAAAACAAUUGAACAAAAUACUGGCAUGUGUAUUCAGUUCACUUAUUAUGUCAAAUCAAAACUGAUUAAUAAAAAUACAACAGUAAUUCGUCUAUCUAGUGAUGGAUAUCCUAACACAGGAUUAUGUGCAAUAACACUCUAUUUUGAUGUUUAUCAACUUGAAACGACAUUAACAGCUGUUGCUUUCGAUGAUAUUGUGAUUGAUCAAUGUAGUUCUUUCAUACCAACUACUGCAAGUACAUCGACAAGCACUAAAAGUACAUCGAUAACUAUCACAAGCAGAUCAACAACUACUACAACUACUAAAACAACAUAA